UUUUAUACUGUGAUUUCGAACCGAAAGGUUGCAAAAUGUUUAAACUAAGUGUGUGCCUCUGUUUGGUAGCAGUUUUUGCUGUAGUUUUAGGUGAUAGUUUAACGGAGAAGAAAAAAUUCUUUCAUUUUAUUAGAGCUCAACGUGGAAGUAGAGACUUUAAUUUUGAAUACGUAACGGACAGUGGUCAACAAGUAAAUGGGCGAGCGGUUGCAGCUAGCCGACAGGAACCAGGCCUUUAUUUGAUGCAAGGCUCAGAUGCUCCAUUCUAUUGGGUCAAAUUUACCGACAGUGAACUGAAUAAUGAAGAUGAUUUUGAUAAAAUUGUUCGAUCGGUCAAACUGGUUCACGGAAGUGAUGUGGUGGCGCAGUUAAAAGACGGUUUUAUUUCAUACGAAAUUCACAGAAAUGGCCAACUGACUGGAGGACCUUACAAACCAGAUUGGAACUUGGACAAUGUUGGUUUUGAAUUGGCUGAUGCUCGAUCAAAAGUAUUCUAUUAUACAAUUACAUCGAGAAAUAAUGACAGAGAACACAGAGGCACCACAUCUUUUACAAGUGAUCCACAUGUUCAAAUCGUUUCUAUCCCAGACCGUCAUGAUUGCUAUGUAUACCAAGCUAAAUUCACCGAUGCAGAGCUCUUCUCUGUUGGACCAAUGAUCUAUAGGAAUGUUGAACAAAGUUUGAAAUGUCAACCACCACAGGAUGUGUCUCUAAGUGCUUCAAAAGAAGUUGAUCCAUAUCUUCUCCAAAAUCUUGCCGGCCCACAGUUAGGAUAAGAGAGUACUGAUUAUAUCGUUAAAAUUAUGUCAAUUUUCAAAAGUAUCCAAGCCAAAAAUAAAAUCGAACGAAAUACUUGUCGAAAUGUCAUAUUUAAAUUUCAUUACAAAAUACAAAACACAAACAAACACUGUA